UCAAAUUGUGACUUGACCAUUGCUGCUUCUUUUUCGCUCCCAUACACACUUUCCAUCAAUCCACCUCUCCUUCCUUGUAUGUGCUCUUGAGCCGCCCGCCAUCUGUCUGUUCCCUCACAUUCAAGCUGAUCUCGUUGCUCCCACGUGUAGUUCACGCAUCACCCCACCCCACCUUUCCCAACAAACAUCAAGAUGCCUGGUUUCGCCCAAGCAAGCGAUCUGUCGGCAUGGAAGUCGCUUAUGAAGCACCACCAGGAGCUUGGUCGCUCCAUUGUCCUUAAGGAUGCCUUUGCCGAGGAUCCUCAGCGUUACGAGAAGUUCUCGCGCACCUUCACCAACGACGUUGACAAGUCCGAGACCAUCUUCGAUUUCUCAAAGAACUUCAUCACCGAUGAGACUCUGAAGCUCCUGUGCCAGCUCGCCCGCGAGGCCAAGGUUGAGGAACUCCGUGAUGACAUGUUCAAGGGUGAGAAGAUCAACUUCACCGAGAAGCGCGCCGUCUACCACGUCGCUCUCCGCAACACCGAGAACUGGCCCAUGCAAGUCGACGGCAAGAGCGUCGUUGAGGAGGUCAACUCCGUCCUCGAGCACAUGAAGGAAUUCUCCGAGGAGGUUCGCAGCGGCAAGUGGGUCGGUUACACUGGCAAGGCCAUCAACACCAUUGUCAACAUCGGUAUCGGUGGUUCUGACCUCGGCCCCGUCAUGGUCUCCGAGGCUCUCAAGCCUUACGGCAAGCGUGACAUGAAGCUCCACUUUGUCUCAAACAUUGACGGCACCCACAUGGCCGAGGCUCUCCGCGAUUCUGACCCAGAGACUACUCUGUUCCUUGUCGCCUCCAAGACUUUCACCACAGCUGAGACCACCACCAACGCAAACACCGCCAAGAAGUGGUUCCUCGGACACGCAAAGGACGACUCCGCCAUCGCAAAGCACUUCGUUGCCCUCUCGACCAACGAGGAGGAGGUCACCAAGUUCGGUAUUGACAGCAAGAACAUGUUCGGCUUUGCUGACUGGGUUGGUGGUCGCUACUCCGUCUGGAGUGCCAUUGGUCUCUCCGUCUGCCUGUACAUUGGCUACGACAACUUCCACGACUUCCUUGCUGGUGGCCACGCCAUGGACAAGCACUUCAAGGAGACUCCCCUCGAGCAGAACAUCCCCGUCCUUGGUGGUCUUUUGAGUGUCUGGUACUCCGACUUCUUCGGCGCCCAGACUCACCUCGUCUCUCCCUUCGACCAGUACUUGCACCGCUUCCCUGCAUACCUUCAGCAGCUCUCCAUGGAGUCCAACGGUAAGGCUAUUACCCGCAGCGGCGACUACGUCAAGUACACCACUGGUGCUAUCCUCUUCGGAGAGCCCGCCACCAACGCCCAGCACUCCUUCUACCAGCUUCUCCACCAGGGCACCAAGCUCAUCCCCACCGACUUCAUCCUUGCCGCUGAGUCGCACAACCCAAUCGAGGACAACAAGCACCAAAAGAUGCUUGCCUCCAACUACUUCGCUCAGGCCGAGGCCCUCAUGAUUGGCAAGACCCCUGAGGAUGUUCGUGCAGAGGGUGCCGCCGAUGAGCUUGUCCCCCACAAGACCUUCCUGGGUAACCGCCCUACUACCUCCAUCCUGGCCCAGAAGAUCACCCCUGCUACUUUGGGUGCCCUGAUCGCCUACUACGAGCACAUGACCUUCACCGAGGGUGCCAUCUGGAACAUCAACUCCUUUGAUCAGUGGGGUGUCGAGCUCGGUAAGUCUCUGGCCAAGAAGAUUCAGGCCGAGCUCGAGACCUCAGGCGAGGUAUCCGGUCACGAUGCUAGCACAUCUGGUCUCAUCAACGCCUUCAAGAAGAAGGCUGGUAUCAACUGAAUGCAUGGUAGUAAUUCAGAGGAUAAAGAGAAGAGCAGGCUUUGAGACAUUCGAAUAAUCGAAUAACGGCCGACAUGUUGAUUUUUCGUCGGACUUUUGUAAUUACCCAAGAUAACGAAACGCAAUGAGAACCAAAAUAUUAUUCUUAUCAGAGCUGAUCUAGAGACUGCAUGUGGUAUGAGUGGUCUAGAGGUAACCGAGAACCGAGAAGUUGCCAAGUGGGCGCAGCUGCCGUACUACAGAAUCACGACAUGCUAAAACACCAAACCCUUCUCUUUCCUUUCCAGACACAACCCGAUAGCAAGAACUCAC